AUGAUUACAUGGUCUAUAGACUCUAUCUAUGUGGUGCUACUCCUAAGAACACUGAUACCGUAUACAUGUUUGUUUCUGAGUAGCCUAAUCCCCCCGCACAUACCAGUCUACGAUAAGCGGAUGGGUGUUAUUCGCGUCUUUCUAUCGUGGGAUGUCGAAUGGUUUCUAAGGAUAGCGGGCGGCGGCUAUAGCACGGAAGCUCGUCUUGCAUUCUUCCCUGCCUUGCCCUUCUUGCUUCGUGAGAUUGGCAUCAAGGGUGUCCUCGCAUUGAACGGAGUGCUACGGAUCAUAAAUGCAGUACUCCAGAUUAAGUUAUGCUGGCACCUGAAUCGAUUGGCUGGAGAAGCUUUCACACCGCAAACUAUAAGGAAGCUCCACUUCCUCCUCAUUUUUUCACCAAUAGCUGUGUUUGAAACAGUUCCAUACACAGAAACCCUGUUUGGAUGUCUGAGCGUAAUGUUUCUUUUAGUGUACAGCUCCAUGACUCUUUACAAUAAAAAGGUACAGGUACUUGGUUAUGUUGCGCUUGUACUGAUAGGCAUGCUGAUGGGACUGGUUAGAAAUACAGCCGUAUUUCAUGCAGGAUACUUUAUGUUUGGUGUAAUUUUCUUGUCCAGGCCCAUAGGAGAGCUUAUCCUUAGUGGGUAUUAUUUUCUAUCCGUUCUUCUUCCGCUGAAAAGAAGAUUGGAGCAGUAUUAUGAAAUGUGUAUACCCUUGAAGAAUGUCUCUAAAAUCUACUCGAAUAUUCAGAAUAAGUACUGGGGUGUUGGUCUCUUUAACUACUGGAAAAUCACAAAUCUUCCACGGUUUUUGCUUGUCCUUCCAUCAACAUUUCUGUGUCUGAGUUAUAUGUUUACAGAAAGCAAGAAAUGGAUACAUAGCGUCUGCCGAGAACGCAAUGUAUUCCCGAGGCUUACAUCCUUUAAGUUUGCGGUUGCUACUCAUGCUUUCGUAUUGACAAGUAUAGUAGUUUUUUUGGCCAAUGUGGAAAUCCUACCGCGAAUUCUGCUUUCUUCGUGCCCUAGCAUCCUAGCUCAUGUUCCCUUUAACCGUAGCACUAUCUAUAUGGUUGUUCUCGUUUCCACGCUCGGGGCGGGGCUCUUCGGGGCGUUCCUUCCCUGGACGUAG